GCACGAGAAGCCGAAUUGGCUGGAAAGUUAACCGGCCGGCAACAGUUCCUGCGUGAUGCGACGCUCAGUUUAUCCGAUGUGGCACUGAUGCAAGCAGCAAACACAGAAGUCGAAUUUGAUGAAACGCUAUUUGAUGAGGAUAUUGAUGGGGCGGAUUCAAUCGAGAAUGAGAUCCAGUAA